AUGGAGGAGUGGUUAAGCCUGUGUUGCAUAGCCCUAUCCACGGUGCUUGCCCUUUGGUUUCUCAAGCUCAACGGCGGAACGAAAAAGUUCAAGAAGCAGCAGCUACCUCCUGGGCCAUGGACUCUCCCGGUCAUCGGCAGCCUCCACCACGUCGUCAGCCUCCUCCCACACCGCAGGAUGAUGGACAUGUCUCGCCAGCACGGCCCGCUGAUGCACCUGGUGCUGGGCGAGGUCCCCACCGUGAUCGUCUCCAGCGCGGAGGCCGCGGAGCUGGUGAUGAGGACCAACGACCUCGCCUUCGCAACCCGGCCGGGGACCCCGACGCAGGACAUCUUCGGGUGCGGCGGCAAGGACGUCGUCUUCGCGCCCUACGGCGAGCACUGGCGCCAGAUGCGCAAGGUGUGCGUCGUGGAGUUCCUCAGCUCCAGGCAGGUGAAGCGCAUGGAGGGCAUCAGGGCGGAGGAGGUGGGCAGCCUCCUCCGCUCGAUCGCCGCCGCCGCGGCCGCCUCGACCAGCGGCGGCGCCGCCAUUAUUAACUUCAGUCAGGAGGUGGCGGCGCUGAGCAACGACGUGGUGACGCGGGCGGUUUUCGGCGGCAAGUUUGCGCGGCAGCGCGAGUACAUCCGUGAGCUGGGCAGGGCGCUGGAGCUGAUGGGCGGCUCCUGUCUCGUCGACAUCUUCCCGUCGUCGCGGUUGGCGCGGUGGCUGAGCCAUGGCGGCCGCAGCAUAAAGAAGAGCUCCGCCUGCAUCAAGCGCAUCAUUUCAGGCAUCAUUGAGGAGCGGCAGGCCGCGCGAGCUGCUGCAAGCGAUGGUGCCUGUAGCAGCACCAGCGUCGAUGAGAACUUCCUGGACGCGCUGCUCAGGCUUCAGCAGGAGGGCUCUUUGGAAAUCCCUCUAACCACGGACGCUAUAGGCGCCGUCUUGUCUGACAUGUUUGCAGGUGGCACCGAAACAAUAGCAACCACCUUGGCGUGGGCUAUGUCGGAGCUCGUGCGCAGCCCAGAAAUUAUGGCCAAGGCACAGCAAGAAGUAAGGGAGGUGCUAGGUGAAGGUCGGUCUGUCAUUACUAAUAGUGAUCUCACUAAACUCCGGUACCCAAAGUUGGUCAUCAAGGAGGUCCUUAGGUUGCAUCCGGCCUCUCCUCUGAUCCCGCGCGCGGCUAGAGAGGAUUGUACAGUUAUGGGUUAUGACAUACCUAAAGGCACCAAUGUUUACAUUAACGUCUUUGCGAUAUCUCGAGAUCCCAAAAACUGGAACAGUCCUGGAGAGUUUAAGCCAGAGAGGUUUGAGGACACCCAGGUGAACUUCAAUGGAACAUACUUCGAAUUCAUUCCCUUCGGGGCCGGGCGACGGCAAUGCACCGGGAUUCAGUUCACCUUGUCACUUGCGGUGAUGGCAUUGGCAAACUUUUUGUAUCACUUCGACUGGAAGCUUCCUGAUGCGUCUAGCCUCGCUUCAUUUGACAUGUCCGAGAAAUUUGGGAUUACGGUAUGCAGAAGGUAUGACCUGAAACUCAGAGCUGUUCCACACGUGUGGCCCAACGCUACGCUGUCCGAGUGA